CGCCAGGUGCCUCGAGAGCGCCCUCGGCUCCGGAGCUCCGGGGCCCCGCGGCUCCCGCGCCGCGCCGCGCCGGGGGGCGGGGGGCGACCUCGACAGGAGAGGGUAGCGGCGCGCGCUCUGCCCCGUGGCGUUUCACCGCAGCGAGCGCCGCGGACCGGCUGGAGCCGGCUCAGCCGCCGCGCCCGAUUCGCGCCGCCGCGGAGGGGCUCGGGGACUGCGGGCGCGGGCGCGCACGGGCGGAGGGCGCCGGGUGGACCCUCGGCGGGCAGCGCGCCCCUUCCCCCGGGGCUGCGCCUGCGGACGGUUCGGGCCCCUGGCCCCUCAGCUUCAAGCCUGGGCGCCUCCGGCCCCACUCUACCGUUGCCUAUGGGGAUCCGAGAGUUUCCCGGCGGCGCACCCAGGGGCAAAAGCAUCGCCAUUGGCAUGAGGAGGUCACCGGACGUCAGCCCCCGGAGGCUUUCCGACAUCAGCCCUCAGCUGCGGCAGCUCAAGUACUUGGUGGUGGACGAGGCGAUUAAAGAGGAUCUGAAAUGGUCGCGCUCCGUGGAGGACCUCACCAGCGGGCCCGUGGGGCUCACGUCCAUCGAGGAGCGGAUCCUACGCAUCACCGGCUACUACGGCUACCAGCCCUGGGCGGCGAGCUACAGAAGGGAGGAGCGCCCGCGGGACUCCCCGGGCCCGGCGGAGGCCCCGGCACCGGCUGGGGCGGAGGCCGGCGGGAGAGCGAUCCGCGGCUGCCGGCGAUGCUCGCGGGCGCAGCUCCAGAAGGUCUGCUGGGGCGUGGCGGUGGUGCUGUGCGUGUGCGCCUCCUGGGCGGGCGCCACGCAGCUCGCCAGGCUCACCUUCCGGCGGUUCGACGCGCCCUUCACUCUGACAUGGUUCGCCACCAACUGGAACUUUUUAUUCUUUCCGCUGUACUACGCCGGGCACGUCUGCACAGCGGCAGAGAAGCAGUCCGCGAAGCAGAGAUACCGGGAAUGCUGUCGAUUUUUUGGAGACAAUGGCUUGACUUUGAAGGUGUUUUUUACCAAGGCAGCACCCUUUGGUGUUCUUUGGACACUCACAAACUACCUGUACUUACAUGCAAUAAAGAAAAUAAACACUACGGAUGUCUCCGUUUUGUUCUGCUGCAACAAAGCUUUUGUGUUCUUGCUCUCAUGGAUCGUUCUCAGGGACAGGUUCAUGGGAGUGAGGAUAGUGGCUGCCAUCCUCGCCAUCGCUGGAAUCGUGAUGAUGACCUACGCGGAUGGCUUCCACAGCCACUCUGUCAUCGGCAUAGCCCUGGCGGUGGGCUCCGCGUCCAUGUCUGCCCUCUACAAGGUUCUGUUCAAGCUCCUGCUGGGGAGCGCUAAGUUUGGAGAGGCUGCCUUAUUUCUGUCCGUUCUGGGUGUGUUUAACAUCCUCUUCGUCACCUGUAUACCUGUCAUUCUCUACUUUACCAAAGUGGAAUACUGGAGCUCCUUCAGCGACAUUCCAUGGGGAAGCCUUUGUGGAUUUUCAGUCCUCUUAUUGACAUUCAAUAUUGUAUUAAAUUUUGGAAUUGCUGUUACAUAUCCCACUCUGAUGUCUCUCGGAAUUGUCUUCAGUGUACCUGUGAAUGCAGUGGUCGAUCACUACACAAGUAAGAUAGUCUUCAACGGGGUGCGUGUCAUCGCCAUCGUCAUCAUCGGCCUGGGCUUCCUCCUGCUGCUCUUGCCCGAGGAGUGGGAUGUCUGGUUGAUUAAGCUGCUCACCCAGCUCAAAGUGAGGAAGAAGGAGGAGACGGCGGAGGGCGGCGCGGACCCCGGCCCAGGGCCCCUGAACAAGAGCAGAAGAGCCCGCCCUUCCUUUGUCCGCUGACCUCAGCGCCACAGAACUCCUGGAGAACACUCAUGCUAAUGAGCCGGAAGUCUGUUCCUGACAGGGGGAGCCUCGGUUUGGUAAGGUGUACAUACCUGUACAGUUUCGGUUACCUGCGGUAAGUCAUAUGGCAUUUUUCGGCAUGUCCAAUUCGCUUGCAGUCUUCUCACAUCAGACUUCUCACGUAAGGGCACCGAAGCACCAGGG